AUUUGCCUCGUGAUUUAUCCCAUCUUUCCGGUUCCGGUUCGGUGGUGGGUCCGGUAACGGUGCGGUUCGGCUUCGGGGCGCGGGUUGUCCCAGAGCAGGAGGAAGCCAUGGUGUGCAUUCCCUGCAUCGUCAUCCCUGUUCUCCUCUGGGUCUACAAGAAAUUCCUCGAGCCCUACAUCUACCCCCUCAUAGCCCCCUUCAUUAAGAGGGUCUGGCCCAAAAAAGCUGUGGAAGAAACAACCACCAUAAAAGAAAGUCCAGGAGAGAGCUCUGGAAAUCCUCGGGUUCCUUCAGCCACCAAAAGAGAUCAGGAGGAUGAGUUUGGAAUUUACAGAUUUGAAAGCAACGGUAUGGCAAAUGGGAUUGCUGCAAAGAGACCCCUGGAGGCUUCUGAGAAGAAAACAGAUUAAAGGAAGGAAUUUCUAAGGAUUUGGUUCCCUGGUGUCCAAUAUGAACUGGUGAUACUUUCCUCAGCUUCUGAGACUGGUUUUUCUUUGCACGUUUUACCUGAAUUCCAAGCCCUUAUCACUGAGAGGGUCUCUUUUGCCACUAAGAUGGCAGCUAUUAUAUUUCUUAAUUUAAAAUGUUGGCAGACUGAAGUUUUUUGUUUUUCCUCACUGGAACUGCUUUUCAUCCAUCAUCUGUCUAGUGUGAUUCAACUUAAGGGUCAAUAAUUUAUCACUAAGUCUAGCUUUGGGAGGGAAAUCUUAGCACCUUAGUUCCACUCUCUGCUAGUGCAACACUUCGGGCUUUCACCUUAAAAGCUGUUCCUGUCCUUGACCUUGCUAACAAAUGAUGAAUUGCACUGGAGCAAGAGAAGCAUCAUGGUUAAGUUAUGAAGAAUAAAGAACUUUUUCAUGUCACAUCUGUGAGCAAGCUCAAGGAGUUGUGCUCUCUGCAAAAAUGUACUUGGCUUCCUACAAGCAGAGUCUUGAUUUGCUAUUUCUGCUGAUUUUUUUCCUUGAAAUGUUGUGCCUUUUUUUUCCUGAAGAGGAGCAGAAGGGGCAUGGUACUUCCUGGGGUUUUUUUUUGUUUGUUUGUUUGUUUUUUUGUGGUGGUGGUGGUUUAAAAUGGUGCAGAGUUUGGUCUUGGAAAAAAAAAAAUUGAUGAAAGUCAAAUCUCUUCAACAAGCUUGUGAAAUCAGAAUGGUGAUGAAGCAGGAUUGUUUUUAUUAAUAUUAUCCUUCAUACAGUUGUUCUUAGGUUUCUGAGCUGGAAAUACCUAGUGGCAACAAAAGCUUUGAAAACCUGCAGGCAGGCCUCAGGUGAAGGUGGUCAUGAAGCUGCUGGCUUCAUGGUAAGAAAAUGAGCAAAGCCAAGUCCUGCUCUGCUUCCUCCUGGGAGGAUUUCUCCUUCUACUGACUUGUAGCUGAGGAGUUGGGGAGAGUUUGAGAUGUCCCUGUGCUUUGUAGGGGUUAGAAGUGGGCAUUCUCUCUGCCAAACCAGAGCUCUCCUUCAAAAGAUUCAAACCCAAACCAUUCCAGCAAUUUUUAGGAUAUAUCAUUUCCCCAAAAGCCCUACCUAAGAUAUGCUAAAAAAAAAGUGUUGCUUUUUUUUCUAUGUCCUUGAAUGCUCACUGAGCUCCAGCCUUGUUCUUCCCAACUGUGUUUUCUCCUCCCAGGUAAAUAAUUACUCCAGAAACUUCCUUGGUGCCUGCCAAAUGCUUCUGGGGAGGAAUAUUGUUUCCUACCACUGCUUGGUUUGGUCAGGUCCUGUGUGAAUUGAUCCAAAAUGUCAACACCUAGAUUUUGGCUGUUGCUCCUGUAAUGAGUUGAAACAAACAAAAAAACAACUCCAAGACAAGGCCAAAUAGUAUUUGCUCUCCCUUACUGAGCUGCUCUGUUAGGAAGUGAAUUUGUUUUUACUGCUUUAUCAUCCUUUGCAUCCUCCUUGGAACACAACCCCCCACCUUGAUCCACGUAGCAGUUUGCUCCUUCCCUUUGUGACAGUAAAACCUGGCUUUAUCCUGAGCAUGUGUGGUGUAAUUCCUCCAAUAAAGGGUAAAAACAGUAAU